UUUUUCCAUCUGAUUGCUCUCUAACUAUUCUUCAUCUUUCUCUGGAGAAUUCUGGCCUGCUUGGAAGUACGGAGGGGCUGAAUCUUUGUAGAAAGAUUUAUCUGAGACGGUUGAGCGGAUAUUUUUGGGCGUUAGCUUCGAAAGGUUAGAAACCAGAUGUACGAGUUGUUUAGAAGGUCGGAGGAGCGUAUCUCGGUAGAUAGAAUCUCGAGUAAGGCAAAAAGAGGAGCUUUGAUUUUCUGAAAUUCUCAUUGGUGGUGAGCGACAUCUAUUUUUAAUCUUUGCAUAUUGACACAACCAAAAAUCAUAGAUGGAUCCACGACACACUGGAGACAUACUGAAGCAUUUGGAGAUGCAGAGUGAGUUGCUUAGGGAAGCCCAUAAUUCAAUGUCACAUGAACUGCAUAGACUUCAGGUAGAAGAGGCAAUGCUUAUGCGUAAGUUUUAUGAGCUUAUGACUGCCCAAGGUCUUAGUAAAAAGAAGGGAGAAGGUCAUAAGGUUUCAGAUGAUGGUGAAACUGCACCUGAUGACGCCUCUGGUAGUUGCCAAUAACAAAGACCAAAGCUGAAGAUAUCGGGAAGUUGAUGCAUGUAACUUACAAGUGAAAGAGAUGGUAUUUAUAACUUACAAGAGAUGGUAUGUGAAAGGGGUUAAGUCCAGGCAAGGAUAAACUGGUAUUGGUUUCUUAUUACAAGAAAUGUUAGUUGUAAGAGAAGGUGGUUGUUAGCUGGUUGGUUAAUAACGGUCAAGCGGUACACACAGCCAGGAAGUAGGUUGUAUAAACUGAGUUAAACCUCUUAGCAUAGGCUAGAAGAUAGAUUGAUCACCAUUUUUAGAAUUUUAAGAGACAGUAACUUACAAUUCCCGAGUUCAUUGGGGUAAUAUUUUUUUUAAUCUAAAUUUAUGAGAAUUAUACCAUGGUAGUAAA